AUGGCACACAACACGCCAAAUGAGAGCGGCGACCGAUCUUCGGGAAUAUCCAGUGGUAUUAUAGAAGAAGGGGUUACAAUACCUGGACCAGAUAUCCAACUCAUGGUUCGAUCAGGGGACUCAGCAGCAAACCGCAGGAAGGCUAGAAAGGCCAAGAAAGAGGAAGACAUGGAAAUGGAAAUGGAUAUAGAGGGGGAAAGCGAAGGGGACUUUGAGAGUAACAUUCGCUCUUCGGGAAUACCCAGUGGUAUUGUUGAACAGGGGUUGCAAUACCUGGACCAGAUUUGCCACUCAUGGUUCAAUCAGGGGACGCCGCAGCAAACCGCAGGAAAGCUAGAAAGGCCCUAA